ACGCCCCGCUGUGCAAGGCGAACCAGCACGUAGUGUACGCCGCAUCGCGGCACCAGGAGGUCGAAGUGCAUUGCGAGGUCGAAGCAGACCCGAGAAACGUCACCUUCGAGUGGCGCUUCAACAGCACUCUGCAGCAGCGGCCCCUCAAGAGCUUCUGGGUGGAGGGCACACGCAGCGUUGCCCGAUACAUACCUCACAGCCACACCGAGUACGGCACCUUGCUCUGCACUGCAUCAAACCGCAUAGGAAAGCAGCGACAGCCGUGCCUCUUUCACGUCGUCCAGGCAGGUCCACCGGGGCCUGUGGAGAACUGCUCUAUCACGAACCAGACCGAGGGAUCUCUGCACCUGGAGUGCCAGGCUGGCUCGGACGGUCACAUGCCAGCCCACUUCGUCCUGUCCGUGCACGAUGUGCUCACAGCCACUGUCGUCGCUAACUUCACUGCCGAUAAACCAGACUUUUGGGUUCACGACCUUCUUCCGGGUGUAGAGUACUUCCUAGUGAUAUCGUCUGUGAAUGAGCGGGGCCGGAGUCCUGAGCUAACCAUUCUGCCUCCAAUUAUGCCUCUAGUGGGCAAACUCACCAAGUCAAGCAGCGCAGCGAAAAUCUACUCCAACGUCUUGCUCAUCGUGGUGGUCGUGUCCGUGUCGCUGCUCUGCCUGUUGCCACUCAUUGUGUUUGCGGUGAUGAAGCUGAGGAGAAGUGACUUCUUCAUGAAGAGUCGUGUGGCCAAGAAAGACCGCACAGAGAGUGACACUUGCCCAUCUACGACGACCGCCAGUCCUCAAGAGGCGAUGCAGCUGCAGAUAUCAUCGGUGUACCCGAAGGAAGACAACCAAGUUUGGAUUGUUAAAAAGAGCACCGGCCUAUGAGCAAGGUGUGGCGACACUGUCCCCAGCGUGGCACUUCGAGGCUACACGACGGGAGGAUUGUACAGGCGGACCAGUGUGUCGCGCGUUGGAGUGUAGUUUAGUCUUCGGUUGACACUGAAGCCUUUGUAUUACUGGUCAUCAGUGACUGUGAUGAAUAUGUGUUCGAGAAGGAAAGCCAAGUAACCCAAAUCUUCAAGUGGGUUCAUCGAGUGGUUCGCGUCUGGGAGACAAUUUUCACAUUUUUUUUUAGAUGGGGCACGAAAGGGACGUUUGAACAGCGGCAUCGAUGUGUUAUAGACGCCUAAUAGACGGCGCUGAAAA